UGUUCUUCAGUAGACACAAGAUAACAUUUGUGAGAAGUUUAUUCAUCAGAUUGAUUGAUCAUUGAGAGAGAAACCACCAUGGCUGAAGCAGCUCUAAUCAGUGGAUUGCUUUCAAACUUGGCACCUCUGAUUAAGGAUGAAUUCUCGUUGUUUUGGAGUUUUAAGAAGGAGGUUCAAAAGCUAUCCAGCACUUUAUCUUCGAUUAGUGCCGUUCUUGAGGAUGCAGAAAGAAAGAAGGACAAGGACAAACAAACGGAAGAUUGGUUGCGGAAGCUCAAGGAUGUGGCGUAUGAGGUUCGAGACAUCAUGGACGACUGCACCUAUGAAGAUCUUCGUCUUCAAGUCAACAGGCGUAAUGCCUCCUCUUCAACCCGGAUCAAGGUAACCAACUCAAUAACCCAUCCUUUUAUCAGUACUUGGACACGUCUAAAAGUUGGUCACAAAAUUAAGGAUGUUCAAGAGAAGCUUAACCAAAUUUCUUCAGAGCGCCAAACGUUAAGUUUGCGUGAAUCUAUUCAUGGCAAGUUUAUUAGUCGUUGGCGUGAAACCAUAUCUCUUUCUAGUUGUAAUAAAGUAUAUGGGAGAGAUAUGGAGAAGAAAAAGAUUAUUGAUAUUCUGGUCAAUAAUACAUCUGGUGCUUGUGUUGAUAAAAAACUAUCUGUUCUACCCAUUGUUGGAAUUGGGGGUCUUGGUAAAACAACACUUGCCCAAACGGUCUUCAACGACGAGGAGAUUGCUAAGCAUUUUGAAAUCAAAAUCUGGGUUUGUGUUUCUGAUGAAUUUGAUAUUCAACUGGUGAUGAAAGCCAUCUUAGAAGAAGAAAAGGCGGAAGCACGCUCAGAAGAAUUGCAGAAAAAAGUUAGAGAGAAAUUGAGCGGGAAAAGAUAUUUAAUUGUAUUGGAUGAUGUUUGGAAUGAAAAAUUUGAUGAAUGGGAUCGGUUGAGAUCUAUCUUGGACUGUGGAUCAAAUGGUGCGUUUGUCCUUACCACGACACGAAAAAGAAAUGUGGCAACAAUUAUGGAAACGAUUCAUCAUAUUCAGAUAUCAUUGCUCUCUGACGAGGAUUGUUGGCUACUCUUUGAAGAGCGUGCAUUUAUGUGUGGGACACCAAAAACUCCAAACUUUGUUGAUAUUGGAAAAGAAAUAGCUAAAAAAUGUAAGGGUGUUCCCUUAGUUGCCAAGACAUUUGGAGGUCAAUUGAGCUUCAAAAGUGAUAUAAAUGAAUGGUCUAAAAUAAGAGAUAAUGAGGUAUGGAAGACAUCUCAAAAUGAAGAAGAAUCUGAUCUCUUGCCUAUUCUAAGGUUGAGUUACUAUGAACUUCCUUAUCAUUUUAGAAGAUGCUUUGUGUUUUGUGCUAUAUUUCCCAAGGAUGCUGAAAUUGAAAAGGAGAGAUUAAUCCAAUUGUGGAUGGCUCAUGAUUUAAUUCCUACAGUUAAAAACCAAGAAGUGGAAGAUAUUGGGAAUACAAUUUGGAAAGAGUUGUGUUGGAGAUCCUUUUUUCAAGACGAGAAAUUAGAUUAUUUUGAAAAAGAGAUAUGUAAGAUGCACGAUCUUAUGCACGAUCUUGCCCAAUCUGUUAUGAAAGAUGAAUGUUAUAUGUUGGAUGCUAACAGCUCAAAUGAUGGUUUAAAACGAGAAAUUCGUCAUGUAAGGGCAAUAUUUGAUGAAUUUGUCAAAAUAUCAGCUCAUUCUCUUAAGAAAAUUGGAGGGUUGCAAACGCUAAUAUUCAUCAAAGAGAGAGAUGAUAAAAAUGUCAUAAAGCGGAUUUCUUUGAGUGUCUUGAAGAAGGAACUUCCGACUUUACGCGUCCUUGAACUGGGGUACUACUAUGUGCAAUAUCAAGAUUUGCAUUACCUGGGAUUGCAUUACCUGGGAUGUCUAAAAAAUCUGAGAUAUUUAGACAUUUCGGGUAAUAAAGAGAUAACAACAUUACCGGAUAGUAUUUGUGAUCUCUUGAACUUACAGACUUUGAAACUCAAUGGUUGUUCUAAGCUUGAAAAUUUGCCCAGAAAUACGAAAGACCUUAUUAGUCUGCGGCAUCUUUAUUUGGGGGAGUGUGAUGGAUUAAAAUAUAUGCCUAGAGAGAUGGGGCAAUUGAAACAUCUGAAGACGUUAAGCUUGUUUGUCAUAGGCAUGAAGGAGAAAGACGGUCAACUAGAUGAAUUAAAAGAAUUGGAUAUCUGCGGAUCAUUGACAAUUAAGAAUCUUGGGAGAGUUAGUGAUGCAACUAUUGCAAGAGGGGUAAGUAUGGCUGAAAAGACGAGUAUCAAGAAGCUUUGGUUGUUAUGGAGAUCUAAUGAUGAAGUUGAUGAUAAUGAGAGGAAGAGUACUAGAGAUGAGAAAAUUGGUGAAGCUCUAGAGGUUUCAACGAUGCUGAAAACAUUGACGAUGAAUGGUUACAAAGGUGUGAAUCUCCCAAAAUUGGUGUCUCCUAUUAUUCCUAGUGCCGGAGUAUUCCCUAAUCUAUCCCUGCUGAAAAUAUUUUAUUGCCCAAAGCUAGGGAGAUUGCCGCCUCAUCUCAAAGCACUCAAAUAUGUAACUGUUUGGGGUGAAUGUUCGGAUGAGUUGUUAUAUAGCAUCUUAAAUCUUAGUGCUCUCAAUGAUCUCUUUCUUUGUGGUAUGGGAAAAAGAAAUGUUUUAUUUGGAGCUGGUUAUAUACCUUCAUCAUCGUCAACCCUUGCGGACAAUAAUAAUAAUAAUGAAGCACAAUUAGGAGGAGUACGCUCAACUUUCCAAUCUCUUCAAGGUCUGACUAUUCUCCACUGCAAGAAGUUAAGGCGUUUGUUUGAUGAGGGAAUGAUAUCAAAGAUUAGUGGCUGCCAGAACAAACACUUCACCAACUCUCUCACGAGAUUGACUAUUGGUAGUUGUCCGGAGUUGAUGAUAUCAGUUGAGGAAUUUGUUGGAAACCUCAAUAUUAAUAAUAAUUCACUACAGAGAUUGUAUAUUAGAGAAUGUCCUAAGUUGGUGUCUUCAGAAGAUGCGGACGAUUUUAUGGCACUCCUGCGUUCUCUUCGAGCAAGACUUGGUCCUGAGAAGUUCAAUGUAGAUAUUCUAUUGGGAGAGGAAUAGAAGAAGAAGUCAGUAGGAUAUUCUGCAGCUCCUCCAAUCAUAGUUGCUAUAUUUUGGUUCAUGUUGUUGCUGUGGAAGAUUAAAGCCACACGGAUAUUCUCCAGCUACUUACAUUACUGUUACUGCAAUAGAGUUGGAAGCAUUUAUCCUAUUUCAGGGUCAAGCAUAAAGUGAUAACUUAAAGGAGUAGAAGACUCAUCAAAGAGAUGAAAAAGAGGAUGAUGGAGGAAAAUGGUGCAAAUAACUACUUGAACAAGAGGCUGGAAUUGCUUCAGAAGACUAACAGGAGAACACGGAUCUGUUGGAAAGGGUUGAAACACUGAAGAAAGAACUCGAAGGGGAGAAGCUUAAAUGCAACUAAACAAAUCGUUAAAGGCUUGUACACAAUAUUCAUUCUUUUUUUUAUCCCUAGAACAAAGGCGAGAUGAUUCAUUCGAACCCUAGUUAUGUUGUGUUUUCAUUCGACGAAGUUCGAUGUAAAUAUUAUAAAGGAGGAAUAGAAGAAGAAGGAGAGUCAAAUAGAAGGAAGGAAGUGAUAAUCAGCAAAUGAAUGGUAGUCUGGAGGGAGUCUCGAUAGACAUGUAGGAUGGGAAGCUGAAUUGAAUAUACAAGCUUCAUUGAUAAAUGAGGUUCAACAACCUGGAGAAAAAUAUGACGAAUGUUGUUCUAUGUUGGUUGAAGUUUUGAAAGAUGUGAAAGACAAACUAAUUGUUAUUAAUCUUGAGCAUUCAAUGACCGAAAAUAAUUGCAAUUUGUCGCUAAUACCUCAAAAUGAUGAAAAGUUGAAAAAAGUAUUCAAGAUUUGCAGAAUGAAAAUGCUCCAGUUUCUGAUCCUUUGCUUUCUGUUCUUCCCGCCUCACAUAAUGAUGGAUUGGAAGCGAAUUUGGCUUUACAAUCACACGGCAUAAACGAGUCGCAGCGUCCUCUUGCCCAUUUAGAGUUAACCGAUCAUAAGAAUUCUCUUGAUGGAGGACAAUGGUAUAAAAAUCGGUUACAAAAUUAUUUACAAAAGAGAAAUCUUAGGUUUCCAGAGUAUUCAUUUGAGAGCCAAGGUCCUCCACAUGCUUCUUACUUCAAGUGUAAGGUUACUGUGUGUGGACAGAGUUAUCAGAGUAAUGAAUUUUUCCUCAGCAUGAGAGAUGCUGAGAAUGCUGCAGCAAAAAUUUCUUUUGAACAAAUUUCAGUCAAUGAAGAUCAGAAGGGUGAUUUUGGUCUUUAUAAAAAUGCCUUGCAAGAAUUGGCUCACAAAAGAGGCUUCUUGAGUCCAAGUUAUAAGACUGAAAGCUGUGGUCCAGGUCACUCGCUUACUUUUCUUUCAACCGUGAUAGUAGAUGACAAAAUUUACCUAGGGAUAGCUGC